AACAUGGUGGAGAUCCGGAAGAAUAAGAGAGAGGAGAGCUUGCUCAAGAAGCGUCGCGAAGGCCUUCUUGCUCAGCAAAACCAGCAACAGCAACUCCUCUCCGCCACAUCUGCGUCCGAUAAGAAGUUAGAAAGUCUCCCGGCUAUGGUUGCGGGUGUUUGGUCGGAUGAUGAACGCUGCCCACCCAUUAAUGAAGUUGUACAGUCUGGUGUUGUUCCUCGCCUUGUCGAGUUCCUUGCAAAGGAUGAUUUUCCACAGCUUCAGUUUGAGGCUGCCUGGGCCCUCACAAAUAUUGCGUCGGGGACAUCUGAAAACACUAGGGUUGUCAUUGAUCAUGGAGCUGUCCCCAUAUUUGUUAAACUUCUAGGUUCUCCAACUGAUGAUGUGCGUGAACAGGCUUUGUGGGCACUAGGAAAUGUUGCCGGAGACUCUCCUAAAUCUCGUGAACUUGUACUUAGCCAUGGGGCCUUGCCACCGCUGUUGGCACAAUUCAAUGAGCAUGCCAAGCUCUCAAGGUUGAGAAAUGCAACCUGGACUUUGUCAAACUUCUGCAGGGGCAAGCCACAGCCUGCAUUUGAGCUGACAAAGCCAGCUCUACCAGCUCUUGAGCGCCUCAUACAUUCAAAUGAUGAAGAAGUCCUUACAGAUGCGUGCUGUGCGAUGUUUGUGUGUCAAUCAGUACAUCUUUUUCUCAAGUGGCAAAUUAAGAGAAAACCAAUUGUUUCAUCUAACCUUAAGAUGCCCUCAGGUUCAAAAGGAGCAAGGCACCACACUGGUGAAUCUAAUGGUAGGGCACCAUAGUCAGGAGAAUUAACACUGCAUUCCUGUGGUCACAAAAAGGUGAAUAUCCCUUUGUGAUUAACAUGAUCUGUUCGAGAAAGGCACUGCAGACCUAUAAGGGAAUAGAGGAGACAAAGAAAAUACCUUUGUCCUUCUGUACACAGGACGCUGAUAUAGAUGUUGCUCACCAAGGAAAUAACGAUCAAUCUAACCAACUGCAUUGCAAGGAGGUUCAAGACUCCCCCGACUUCACAGCACAC